AUGAAACAAAAUAUUAGAGCUGUUGUGUCUUGGAGUUGUUAUGUAACAACAAAGAAAUGUCCAAUGAUGAACUACAAUGAUGAUGAGACACAACAGCAUCUUUUAAAGGAUUGUUACAGAGCUCAGGAAGUCAGCCACAGAUUGAAGGAGUUUGGACUAAACUAUGAUCCCUGUUGGAAGUCUGUGAUGUUUGUAACCAUUAACAGAAACAAUAAACCAUCUGACCACAUUGAACUAUUACAGCUUAUAAUGAGCAUCGCUUGUUUUAAACUGUGGAAAACAACAUCUGCUAUGAUCAUAUACCAGACUAUUAUAGACAGUAAGACUGUAACUAAACAAAUAUCUACUCAACAACAACAACAACCACAAGAAGAAACGAUGGCGAGAACCAAGCAGACCGCUCGUAAAUCCACCGGAGGCAAAGCCCCCAGGAAGCAGCUGGCUACCAAGGCUGCCCGUAAGAGCGCCCCGGCCACCGGCGGCGUGAAGAAGCCUCACCGUUACAGGCCCGGUACCGUGGCUCUGAGAGAGAUCCGUCGGUACCAGAAAUCCACCGAGCUGCUGAUCCGCAAGCUGCCCUUCCAGCGCCUGGUCCGAGAAAUCGCUCAGGACUUCAAGACCGACCUGCGCUUCCAGAGCUCCGCUGUCAUGGCUCUGCAGGAGGCCAGUGAGGCUUACCUGGUCGGCCUGUUUGAGGACACCAACCUGUGCGCCAUCCACGCCAAGAGGGUCACCAUCAUGCCCAAAGACAUCCAGCUGGCCCGUCGUAUCCGCGGAGAGAGAGCUUAAACUGUCUGCUGCUGCUCCACAAAACACAACGGCUCUUUUAAGAGCCACCUCACUGCAGACUAAAGACCCUCUUCCUCUCAUCACUCUAUUAUUUUAUAUAGUAUUGAUUAUAUUAUAGUUUAUGAUACUUGACCUCAAAAACCAGGAAGACUAAAUGUGCUCAGUUUUAUUUUUAUUGAUAUAAUCUUAAUAUAUCUAAAUCCUGACAGCUCAUGUUGGAGAAAGUGA